GCCGAUCGAGUUGAGCUUGUUCCUCAACAACAUCGGAGAAGGUGACAGAGGAUGGAUUCGGAAGGAUGGUGGAGGACCACGAAGCGGUGGGGAGCGUCUCAAGUGAUGAAGGUUGUGACGCCUCGGGGUCAUUCGAUGGAGAGGGUGUCACCGGGGAUGGGGGAGGCAAACGGAUUGUCGAUGCCAAAUGGGCCGUCGGUGGGACGGGGGAUGUCACCGGCGGGUUGGCCGGCAGACGAGUUGUCGAUGCCGGGACGAGGUCCUGGGGACUUUGUUCAGGACAAGGAGGGACCCACGCCUGCGGAGGCGGGUGACGCGGAGGUUGCGGGUCAAGGGGCCAAGGAUUGGGGGGUGAACUGUCCAGCAUUGGGGCACGAUGGGGAGCCAGUGGAUGACGCGGAUGCCGUGGAGGGAGAAGGCUUGUUGGAGUCUGGCCGUGGUGGUGUUAAUGGUGGCGAGGGAGGAUUUGAGGGCGGUCAACGUUUGGAGGAUAGUCGCGAGUUCCGGGGUGGUGGUGCUCGAAGUUGGCUGAUCGCCUGCAAGUUCGCGGGCAAUGCUGUUGACGGAGUCGGAACAAAGAUCAGACAUGUUGAUGGAAAGAUUGGGCCAUGGUGGGGGAAGAGGGGGUGGAUGACGUGGCCGGAGAAAGUGCAGGCGGUAGCAGCGGAUGUGAUAGCGGCAGCGGCAGCGGCAAUGGCAGCGAUGUUGACGACGACGCGUUGGGAGGUCUUGGUUUGGCGACCUGGAGAGGUGAACGCAGAAUUCUUAAUGAAGAUGGUUAAAGCGACCCACAUAGUCACCGAUGGCAGUAUGAACAUGGAUGAGGUACUCGGUUUAUGCUACGCACUAUCCGCAAUGAAAAAGGCAGGGAGUUUGAUGAGAGAUGAAUCAGAGAAGACGGAAAAUGACAACACUUGUCAGGGGAAAUCCUUUUGGGAGGUGAGGGCAAACUUCAGGGAGAGGAGAGUUGUCAAUGACCUCCUGUCAGCCGGAGGGAUCAAGGCAUUGCAGGCAGCAGCAACAUUGUGGAAAAUUUUGGGAAAGAAAGCAGGUAAAACAGGAAGUGAACGAUGGAGCAAGAGAAUGGGGGAUGCGGAGAAGCUGGCUGUGGUGGAUAUGGUAAUUUCUGCUGGAGCUGUUGGGUUGAAGAUAGCAGAUGCCAUGAUUGAUAAGUUUUGGUGGAAACUGGGGUGCAGAACUGAAAGGCUGGGCUCUGUGGCUGGAGGGCUCUCGAAGAGUGACAAUCUCUGGGAGGUGGAGCUGCUAGGCAGGCUGGUGGUGCUUGGGGGUGAGCUUGCACUCGGUAUGGGAGAGGAGCUGAGGGACCUGGUGACGGAGCACAGUGGGGUAAGCGUCAAUUCUUUGGAGUUCGUGGGAAGCAACGGGGAAGAGAAGCGGCUGGCAGUGUUAAUGGGCUCUCUCACAGGUGUAGCAGGGAAGGAGGGACUGGUUACAGCUUGCCAUCUUAUCGGACUGGAAGCAAUGAAGAGAAAAACAGCGAUGGCAGGAGGAAUGACAUCAGCAUGGACUGAUCUCAAUGGAUAUGUGUCAAUGAUCGAAGAACUCAGUCUGUUAACCUGCUUAGAAGAGCUUGGGGGUAAGCGUGCCAGAUAUAUAGGCGGAAGUCUCCUCCUUCUGGAAUCCCUAGGCGAGACAGGGGGUGGGGGGAGAGAAGGGGCAGGAGGGACAAGAGGUGAAGCAGUAGAAGGGCGAGGAAAAGGAGGGAAAGCAGGAGGCAGUGGUGCUGAUGAGUCCGAAAAUAUCCUCCUUGCUGAAAUCUUUGAGCUGUGCGGAUUUGCAGGCCUCCAGAUUGGGGUUCAUCUGCUAGGCCUCGGCAAGCGAAGGCUUAGCGAGAAGAGCUCUCAUAAGGUAAACUGUGAGGAGCAGAUCCGAGGAUGGAGUGCUCUCAACAGCGGAGGUGAAGGACUAAAUCGAAUGACGAGAGAGACUAGCCGUGAAGAGUCACCUAUGAGUCAAUGUCAGAAGCUUGCUGGAGUCCAGGAGGGGGGCCAUGAAGAACCGCCUGCUAGUCAAGGUCAGAAGGUUGCAGGGGGGGAGGAGGGAAACGAGGAUGUAGAGAAUCUGAAAGCCAAGUGUGUGGAAGGAAUGGCAAUGGCUGUGAAUCACCCCAUCAUGCCAGUGGAUAUUGCACACCCCAGCAAGGCAUGGAAUCAGUUAGAUGUGCACAGGGCGGGUUACGCUGCAAUGGACGGCGCAGCAGAGAGCCUUCACAGCAGCAAGGAAGAGACAGGGUCGCUGUUUUCCUCAGCACCAUCAUGGUCAUCAUUGGAGGUUGAGGACAAAAAGUCCAAUUUACAAUCAAGAGUCCAGGAGGAGGAGGAGGGAGAUCAACGGAGUGACGUUGAGUGUGUCACUUGUUUGAGGUGCAAUAUGCACAGACACACAGAAACAAACAAUAGCAUAACCAUCUCCCGGGCAAUGGCGAGUGGUGAGAGGAAGUCGCGGGGCAGCACAGCGCCGAAGGAGAGUCCGUGCAAGUCGUUGAUGCAGAAGCUUGUUGCACUGAAAGAAAAAGGGUGCGAAGGCGAUGUGCUGAGAACCAUUCUCACUUGCAAAGGGAGGGAUGUAGAUGCUUUGAAAAAAAGUAAUUGGCUGAUGACAGAUUUUAUCUUGAGAUGGGCUCUUCAUCAACGGUGGGAAAAUUUGAGGUCAUUACUAGGUCACGGAGGCGUGGUUGCUCGAUCAGUGCAUGGCGGAUCCAGUGACAAAUUGAGAGUGACCUAUAUUAUCUUACAAAAGCUUGACCGGCUCAGAAGACGUCAGAUUGGGAAGUUGCUGACACUUUUGUGGCGUGAACAUGGUGUCACGUGCGUCUCAGAGCAAAUUGGCACAGGUAACCAUCACUUAACGGCGCGGAUAAUUUACAGGCGAGGCAUGAGCACGAGUUCAGAAGUGAGAGAAAAAACGGAUGAAGAAGUUGAAGCAGCAGCAGGAGAACGAGAUAUUGAAGACGAUGACAGUGACGUUGGUGAAGGAGAAGACGGCGAGGAGGAGAAUGGAGUUUUACAGCGCAUUGUGGGGGAGAGAAUUGUGUUGCGCUUUCAUGGUGAGAAAGCUGAAAUGGGUGCGGCUUGGUUCAGUUCCAAGUUCAAGGAGCUCGGUCGAUGGGAUUAUGGUCCAGACAUUGUCUUUGACGUGCACUUGGCUGUGAAAGGUGGUGGUCGCUCAGGGUCAUCUCCUGAGGAUGCGAUCAGCUGCAUGGUGAAUAUGGCUAACAGGCUCAGACUGACAGCUGAAGAAGUUGUGGUUUUUGCUGACACUACCAUGGACUCUGACCGGCAUUCUCCAAUCCACAUCACCAUCAACCCCAUCACCCACCGAGGUGGUGAGGUUUUGCCAAUUGAGUAUAGGGCUGCUACAGCUGCACCUGCUGCUUAUGCUCAUUCUGCUCCCACCCAUCUGCUGGGGGCAACAUGCAAUGGGAGUGUUUGGGAUUGGCAAAAUUGGAUCUGGGCAGUUGCAAGUAUGGUUUUCUCUUGCUUCCGUGGUGGUGACUGUUGCGCAGAGGUGUUCACUAACAUGAAAGCAGUCAUGGUUGACCUGGUAUCUCACGCGAUUCUUGUGUGUACGGUAGGAAUGGUGGUCCUCCUGGUCUUGGCCUUGUGGUUGCUAUCUGUUCUAGUUAUUGCAAGCAGCCACAUCCCUUCUAGGCAUGAAAAUGGCAGCUUUGAAGGCAGUGAAGGAUUCCAAAUGUGCGCAACUGAAUAUGGGAACGAGGAGGACACAAGGGUGGAGGAGGAGGGAAGUUGUCAUUCCCUCCCACUGUGUUCAGGGCCAUUCCUGAUGGAUGAUGAGGAGACAGAAGUCCAUGGUGCUGAUUUAGAAGAUAAUGAGAAGGAACAUGAUGUCCAGUUGCAGGAUGGUCGCUACUAUUUUGAAUUCGUUCACAGACUCAGUCCGCCCAGAGUAGGAACACAGGAAGAGUCUGCACUCUGGAGCCAACGAAACAAGGGUAAUGUGACGAUUAGUGAGGAGGCCAGCAGGGGACUUAGAAUUGGUGGGAUUCCCCUUGGUGUGGGUGUCUGCAUGGUUGGUGAAAGGAGGAAUGCCCCUGAUGUGAGAAAGGUGCCAUGUCAAGUGCCAGUGCCUGCCAGCCUUCACGGUGAUCAACAGCGCAGUGUUGGCCUCAGCAGCAGUCUUGGAAUGGAAGGUUGUAAGCAUAUAUGUGAUGGAAUGGUUUGUGAUGUGGAUCCCUGGUUCCCAUCACCUGAUGCGCCAACAGAGGUUGCUGCUGUUGCCUGUGAUAGGAGGGACCCGCAGGAACAUCUAUGCAAGGAAGACCACAGAUCUAUCAGCGCGGUUGAUGAAAGACGUGUUUUCAGUGGUAUAGCUGACUCUUGGUCUCAAACGCCGGUAGGGAGUGCCGAUCUCCACGAUCUUGAGAAUUAUGUGAUGCUCUCAGAGAAUGAUGCCACAACAAGGGUUGCUGGUGAGUGCAAUACAUCUCAAGGGGAGAGGAACAUGCUGACAGCUCAAGGGGGCAAGAACAGCAGUGGCAGUGACAACAUUCAAGCAGUUCCAGUGGAAGAGGGAAGGAGAAACAGCACAGCAAAAGAUCACUUUGUUAGUCAUCCUCCUGUGCAUGCGACCGGGAGCCGGGGCAAGGCCAUCCUAUCAGUGAGUGACGACAACCCCAGUAGUUCAGGCUCAAUCGUGUCCUCUUUUGAUCCGCUUCUGACUGAAGAUGUUCAUCAGAAUCAUAAUUAUCUUCAUCAUCACCAAGCAAGUAGUGACAAUGAGGAGCAACGACUCACUUCUUUGCCGGACAAGUGGACUAUCUCGGAAUCUAGCAGCCUCAUCCAGGGGGACAUCAUGACAUUAGGAUGUCAUUUGCAGCAGCAGACACAGGAGGUGGACAAGACAGGGGAACCAGUAACAAAAGCACAGACUCAUGCUAUUAUUCAUGGCAUCGAGCAUUUGGUGGAGAUGUCCAGGACCGGGGUAAAACAUCCCCUACCAUUGACAGUAGUUGAUGGAGAGGUAAAGGUUCCUAUUGCCAGGGAGGGGCUUAUCACAUUUGACGAGAUAGACUCCAAUGUAAUUGUUGACAUCAGAAAGGAGAAAACACGCACAGAGCUAUCAUUGGUACUGCACAAAGACACAGACGUCAGAAGCCAAAAUGCAGAACACAACUUGCACGUUAGCGAAGUACGAGCUUGGCAGGGUCAUGACCAGCUGUUGGCUGCUGUGCAAGUCCAAACGGAGGAGGCAAGAGGGGGAGUGGGAGGUAGGGUUAGCCACGGCAAACCGAGGGUAGACAUCAGUCAUUUGAAUAACAUACUAGCAGGAUCCAUAGCGGCACUGAUCCUUAUCAACAGGUGGACAUGGAUGACAGAGACAACGGACGCUGAGGCCGUCAUAGAUGCCAAGCAGGAGAGUGGAUGUAGAAUAGCAGCAGCAACGGAGAAAGUGGUACAGAUCGGAACCAGAGUUAUAUUACAGCGCAUAGAGACUGGAGGGGUACCAGUCAUAGGAGGAGGUGGAGGAGGAGGAUGCAAGGAGACUGAAGUAGUGCAAAAAGGUGGAGAUGCAGUAGUAGGAGGUGAGGAGAGCCAUGGGGGGGGGUAUGACAUACCAGAAAUUUCCUCGUUGGCAAAGCGAAACGUAGAAGUGGGUUUGGACCUAGAGAGGGGAAUGGCAGCUGGCAAAAAAUUGCUAGAGGAGGAAAGCGUAGACGCUUGGGAGCUGGACACCAUUCCUUGCAAUUUGACAGACCUAAUCCUGUGUUCAACCGGUGCCAAUCAGCCUGAUUUUUACGAGCUCAAGGGAUGGGACUUCCGUGAAGACAACAAGCCUUCUUCAUCGUAUUCGGUGCCAGAAAGAAGUUGCAUGGAAUCUGAAACAGAAGAGCCUAAAGUUUUGGAGGGAAUGGACAUGGGAAGAGCACAAGAUCUGAAAAGUUUGGUGCUGUAUCCAAUCGGCGCCGCUCAGCCUGAUGGCAAUGUGCCACUUAAUCUGGAGGAGAGUGAGGGAAGCAUCGACUCCUUUCCAUGGAAUCCUGAGACAGAAGGCAGUUGUGUGGACUCCAAGAUUGAAGCACUUCAAUGGUUGGGGAGGAUGGACAUGGACAGAGUACAGGUAAGCACAGAGAGGCUCCCAAGCGAUGUGGAUUUGUCUGGCGACUUUUCUGAGACGAGCACGUCGACUUUUGGUGCAAUCAGUUCGGAUUGCUUUGAAAGCAAUCUUAACAAUCUGGGGAGUCAAUUACCACAUCAGGGAAGUAGGGUCAUUGACAUGGCUGGGGAACAAUCAGGGACUACAGCAGCAGAGAUAGGCUUCUUUGGGGUCGGUGUUCAGACUGAGCCUGAGUACGAUGUGUUGCAUGGAGCUGAAGCCAGCAACAGGUGGCUCCAGAGAGAAUCAAACUACAUUGCACACAAAGUGAGGCGGAAGAAGGACAGGCAUGGGGACCUGUGUGCAGCAGUAUUGUGCAAUGAUGAGGCAACAACAUCAGAAUUAGAGAGGAGGUCGCACCCCUCGACUACAGCAUCAUUGCUGUCAGUCACAGCAUCGUCUGCUACAUCCGACCAGGAACUGUUUGAGGGGUCAGCAUCAGCCUCCCAAGAUCCGUAUGACUCGUCAGCGUCAUCGACAGCCUCCACUCAAGAAGUAUUUGAGUCAUUUCCAGAGCAUUCCGAUGUUAUGGAGGACAGAGGGCGUGUGAGCAUGGUGGCACCAUCAGAGGAGAACGGGGACAAGGAUGAGCAGGACAAGAGUGGAGCAAUCCAUUCCAGUCAGCGGAACCGUGGAGAGGAGAACAGAGAUGCGGAGAACACUCAAUACAAAGUGACAAGUUUAAGUAAAGCAUACGGGAUCAGCAGCUGCCAGAGGAUGCGAAGAGUGCAUUACAGAUCUCAGGACAGCAUUGAAUCAGACGAGCCAAGCUCAAACAGAGGAGGUGAAAUCAGCAGCCUUAUGGCAAACACAAUCUGCUGGGUUGAGCAGGACAAAGUGCUGCUUGAGUCUCUUUUGUAUGGAGGGGAACCAGGGUGCCAGUUGGCCAAGAAGUUAUGCAGACAUGAACUACAUAAUGAGGAAGUUGACUUUGACUUAACAGCUAUGCAUGGGAUAGAAGAGAUCUACGAGUGCAGUACAGACUACAGCAGUCGUGGUCAGGAAGGUGACGAGGAUAAGUACAAGCAUGAGGGUAGGCGCGAGGAGUUGGGAUGCAGCAGUAGUGGGGAAGUGAGAGACUGGUGGAAGAGAGAUCUGGAGUGGGGAAAUAAAGAUAAUUGUGAGAAACCAAGAUCAGAAGAAAGAGGAGAAGGAAGAGGUAUGGUAAUGGAAGCGAAGGAAAGAAUACGAGUGGUUGAGCAGGGUGGCAAUAAGAGCGACAAUGAGUCCAGGGAUGGAGAUGGUGAUGAGAAUGAAGGUGAUGAUGAUGUGUAUGAGGAAGAACGGUCGGAGAACGAGAUGUUGGAAAAGGCUAAGCACAAGAUCAGUGAUGAUGUUGCUGAUGAUGUCAGUGAUGCCAAUGAGCUUAAUCCUCAUGCUAAUCAUGCUAUUGAAGAGGGUGAUACUAAUCACACAGGCGAUGCUGAUUCUACUUUCGCAGCCACUUCUCCUGCUGAUAGUGGUGAUAAUAAUGAUACUGAUGAGCACGAAAUCAGUGAUGCUGCUUCCCAUGAUGUCAUUGAUGUCAAUGAGCUUGAUGUUUAUCCUAAUCAUGCUAUUGAUGACGGUGAUACUAAUAUGGCAGGUGAUGCUGAUGCUGCGUUUGCAGCUACUGCUGGUUAUGAUGAUGACGAUGAUGACGAUAAUGAUGAUGACAGCAAUAACAGCCAUAACACCAAUGAUGAUGAUGAUGAUGAUGAUGAUGAUGAGGAUGAUGAGGAUGAUGGUCAUGAUGACGAUAAUGUUGGUAUGCACUAUAGUAUCAACGAUGAAACAACGUCCCAUGUUUCCGUACACAGUGAGGGGAUGCUUGGUGAGCUGUCAGCAUACAGCUCAUGUAGUACAGCCUCAGAAUCUGAGGCUGGGAUGACCUCUGCAUCUUCAGACAGCUCCACAUGCCAUUGCACAUCUGCUGGUGGCUCAGAGAGUGGUUCAUUCUCGUGUUUAGAGGAGGAUGAACGAUCGAAUACAACAAAAUGGAUGCCAUCCUACUGCAGGGAUUCGCGGAAAAUCCCCUUUCAUGAAGUGAUUUAUAGAUCGAAUGCAUGCCCAAGUGUUUCAAUGUCUGAGGCUGGCACAAGCACACUUUCUGAAUGGAACCCUGUUAACGAGUACUGGGUGCAUGAUGAGUUGGAACAUGAUGUCUGCAAUCACCGAUUUGAGGAGGACAAAACAGGCCAGCCGGAUGUUGUAGCAUGGAAGGUGGAGGGAUCAAUGAACCGCAAAUACCGAGGGCAGAACACUUGCUUGUUUGGUGAGGGUGACCUGGUGAAGCAGUACUACAAGAUGAAAGAGAAGCAGGUCAUCACGUCCAAGGUGUUGUGUGUGGCAGAAGAUGAAGGCAUGGACAAGGGGCUUGUUGUGACUGCUAAGAGGAAGAGUAAAAGGAAAACCGAGGACGUGCACGGCUGGAAAGAGUCUACAACAGUCGCUGUGCCAGUCUGGUGUAAAGAUGACAACUGCAUGACUACAUAUGCAGCAAGGGUGCAGGUCACCGAUAGGGUUUCGGAAAAGGUUGUGAAGUUCUGGGGGAAGGCAGAGGGAGAGGAUGGACGGGAGGCAAGGGACUGUUUGAUGGUAGAAAAAACUACCAAAGUGGUGAGAGUCACAAGAGUUGGUCUUGGAGUAGAGAGCAUCCCUGAGGGGAUGUAACGCGAUUGGAGGUGAUUGAAAUCACACUACGAUUAUUCAACUUGUCAUGUAUGCAAACAGCGAAACAGCAAAUUGGCGACA